AUGCCAGAAGUUGAUACCAAUGGGCCGGAAAACAUGCUCAUGGGCGAGAGAGAUGUGAGUAUCACUUUGUUGAAUGAAGGGAGGUACAGCGGAAUGGCUAGUCCUCUGGUCAUGCGCGUACCGACGAACCGAACCGGUAGCGAGGAUUACAAUGACAAAGGCGCAAACUUGCGCAUCGACAUGGACCAGGACCAAAAGAAGUCGACCAAGGCGCAAAUGUUUUCCUCUGAAUUCCGGUUCAAUGCUGAGCUAGCAUUGCGUGUCGCCUGUGGUGUCAUCGUCGCUUCGUUCAUCCAGACGCGUGAUCCGAACUACGAUCCGUCAAUUGAGCACGACAAGAAGUGGUUUUUCUUUCCGGAGUGGUAUUACCUCGGUGGUCUCAGCUACUGCGCUGUUGCGGUCAUCUUUUCUACGGGGAAGAACGUUGGUGCGACGCUGACUGAAGUGUGCCAGGCAUUUUAUGGUGUGGGAAUGGCUCUCGUGUACAACCUCGUUCUCUUUUCGUUCACGGACGUGCACACGUUCAACGACUCAUACGAGGGGUAUCUCUUGAUCUCGGAGAAAAUGUCUUUUGGAGGCUCCGAGUAUUACGUGAACUCGCGCAACUUUUACGCCGUGCUUCCGUGGAUCGUGAUCUUUACUGUUGCUGUCCUGCUGUCUCCGCUCGAGAGCAACACCAAGAAGUUUGCGUUGGGUAACAACCUCUACUUCACGCUAACCAUUAUAAACCCCACGGAUCCAUUGGACUCUUCCAAGUUGAAAGCCACCGGUGACACAUACUUCGAGCCAAGCAAUAUUCUGAACAACCUCGCCAUGUAUUUCAUGGUGGGGUUCGUUGGAACCCUCAUUUCACUGCUCAUCAUGUUCAUCCCGUACCCGAUUUUUGCGAUCUCGAAGUUGCGGGACGAAACGAGAAAAGCUUCUGGAGAUGUUCUGGAUCUACUCAACCUCAUUGUGGACUCGUACUGCUUCAAGAACAAGAACGUGGAUCACAUGAACUUUUUGAAGCUUAAACUGCAGCGCAAGUUCGAUGCAGCCACCGCGCGCCAACGCCGGAUGAUCGACUUAUUGGACAAUGUGUGGUGGGAGCAGCUCUUUGGUUUCCACCUCUUUUUCAAAUUCAAUCGCUCCAUGUCGAAGGGAUAUGUGCGGCUCAUUGCAUCCCUGAUUGCGGACCUGCGGUCACUGAACAAUGCUAUGCAACUCGAGCAGUACGAUGACUUGCACUUUAUGUACAUGAAGGUCCUCCAGCGCGAGAUCUACGUCAUCCAAAUGCGAUCAGGGGAUCUGCUUCACGAGAUUUCUGGAGAGAUCCACGCUUCAUCUGAACAACUGAACCUCCAGAAGAUCCAUCAGCUCCAAAGUCAAAUGGAAAACACGUUGCGGCGCUACCGAGAGGCUCAGAUUCGGCUACUUCAGUCGCAGAAGGUCACGAUGAAAGACGUUGAGGGCAAUGUCCCACUCAACCUGUUUCUCUUUUCGCUCAACUCAUUCUGCAGCACUUUGAUCGAGUACCAGGACGCGCACAACAAGAAAGACUUUCAUGGCGGUCGUCGAGCUCGGUCUUUUCUCGUGCAGUCGAUGAAAAACUUUUUCAUGAUGCACCAGUACACUCGGUCCCGCAUUCUGGAAGCGGCACGAGUCUCGGUUGCGAUUAUCAUGGGUGUGUUUCUCGGAGUCUAUAUUUACGGCUUCAGCUCGACGACCCCAUCAGCCGUGGCUUAUGUGAUGGGGAAUCACAUUGGAGGUUCCUUCAGCGUCACGGUGAAUCGUGUGGGAGGUGUUGUAGCUGGCAGUGUCAUUCCCUCGGUUUUCCAGUUUUUCAUUUCCCAGGUUUGCAACCCCCGAUUUAUGAACGUGUUCCUGUCCAACCUGCUGCUCUUCGUUUGGGUCACGGUUUCCAUGUACGUCAAGUUUGCCGGUGGCUACAGCUCGUACGCUGGCUUGGUGUCGGCCUUCAUUUCUGCGGGAGUUCUGCUUCGCCAGUCCGAUGUUUGCUAUGCCAAUGGUUCAGAUAGUUCGUUGACGAUCUCAAUCAACUCGUACUCGAGUCUCGCGCAAACAUCCGUGGGGUUAGUUUUGUUCAUCGUGGUGGAAAUGGCCAUGUGCCCCGAGAGUGCCACAAGUUUGCUGCGCAAGAACAUCCAGCAGACUCUGAAGUUGCAGCAGAAGGCAUUUGGCAUUUUGUUCGGACACCACCUUUCGAGUUCUGGGCAAAUGAGUGAUGAGACUAUGGAGGAAGUUCGCGAUAUCCUCCAGGUACAGAUUCCUGCAAAACUUGUGGAGCAACAAGCGCUGCUGCAAGAAGCUCAAGCGGAGCCACAGAUGUGGCGCCCCGUGUUCUCAAAGCAGAAGUACGAGGCAGUGUUCAGCAGCAAUCACCGCUUGUUGAACAACAAUAAUCUGCUGUACAAACUUGUGCGCUGGUACAAUUAUCGGGUGAAGAAGAACUUGACGCUGACAAAUGCGAUUGACAUUCGCGACAUGAGCGCCGACAAUGCGCGCGUCUUCGGUCCAAACGGUGGCCCCUCGGCUCAUACAAAGUGGCAGAAUGCAAGCAAACAGUUCUUGUCUUCUGUGAACGACACGUUCAACACUUUGCAAAUGCUCUUUGGUGAGUCCUUCCUGUACUCAGACCCGGACCAGACAGCGAUUUUUAUGCAGAUGAAAGAAGCCUUUCGUGUGGCUGAUAAGGACUGUAGCGGUGAGAUCGAUGCCGACGAGGUGGCCGUGAUGCUUGAGACGAUCUUUGCUCAGUCGGGUGCAGUGAAACAAGAGGAGAUCACCAAGUACGUGUCGGACUUUAUGGAGAUCGUGGACAAGGAUUGCAGUGGGAAGGUAUCCUUUGAAGAGUUCAUGGCAGCUCUUGAAGACGGUCUGAAACUCGAGGUCGAAGUGUACCACCGCCGAAAGCCAAAGGCAGCAGAUCGUCUGCCAACCGUCUUGUCGAGCGUCAAUGAAAGUGGUCGCGUGAUGUCUUGUAGUGCGACUUCGUCGAACGGAGCUGGCAUGUCGAAGAUCACGGGUAGUAUGCUCGAUACAUUUACACCAAAGAGAGGCGAUCGGUUCUCGACUGUGUCGUUGUCGCGGAACACCCCAAAGCGAACGUCGGGAUUCAUGAAACGAGCCUCAACUGUAAUGUCACCAAUUCGUCGUGAGCACGACGUGCUGAACGUUGAGGACUUUACAACGAGUGACAUUGCCGCGCAGAUGAAGGCGACGUAUGUCGAGUGGUUGAUGGAAGAUCACCGAUUCAAGCGCGUGACAAUGGAGGAAAUGUUGCUGCUCAACUGUUUGGUAAGCGGUGCCGAAGGUAUUGCCCGGAACUUGACGCUCAUGGAAGAGAUUGUCAUUGCUUCGUAG